AUGAGAAGAUUCUCAGAAGCGGAUCGGUGUGAGAGCCGCCUUACUGUCUGUAUUUUCUGCAUUGUGUUGUGCAGAGACUUGCUGAGUUUGGAAGGGAAGGUCUCCAUCCCGGAUGUGGUCGUGAUUGAAGACAGCGACGUGGAGAAGGACAGCGAUGAGGAAUGGGAGGAUGUGGAAGAGCUGAAUGAGCCGACUCUGGAGUCACUGCAGGCCUCGACGUCCGCAGGCCCGGAGCCUUCCGCUAAGCCGGUAGAGAUCGAGAUUGAAACCGCAGAGGCAGCAAAGAAAAGACUGAUGAGAGAGAAGAGGAAGGCGGAAUUUGCUGCUUAUCUGCGCAGAUUGAUGAACCGCUGCAGCAAGGAGCUUCGCGAAGACACACACAAGGUCCACCUUCUCUGCCUCUUGGCCAAUGGCGUUUAUCGCAGCAACACCUGCAACUCGCCUGAUCUCCAGGCUGUGGCGCUGUCUGUCGUUCCUGUUAAGUUUGCCAACAUUCCAGUUGCAAGAGUAGACAUAGUGUACCUGACCAACCUGGUGAAGUGGUUCACAUCGACCUUCACCCUGAAUCCUGAAAUGUCAUUGGAUGAGCAAGAACCUCUGUCUGGGACCUUGGAGAGGAGAUUUGGGGUGUACGGAGUGAGAGAUGCAGAGGAAAUGGUUCAUCUCUUCUUGAUCCUCCUGCGAGCUCUGCAGCUUAUGAGCCGGUUGGUGUUGUCACUGCAGCCCAUCCCUCUGAAGGAGCCACCUGCCAAGGCGAAACGUCUUCCUACAGAGAAGUCGGCCUCUAAAACAAGAAAGAAAUCUUCCAAAUCCCGAAGGCCUUCUAAAGUUAAAUCACAAGCAGAGCCAAAGAAAAAGAAGCUGAAACGAGAGGAGACGGUUUUUUCGGGGGAGACGAGGAUGACGGGACUCCAGUGGCAGCAGAAAAAUCGAAGAAGGAAGCCAACAAAUCAAAGAAAAAAAGCCAAGAGGGCUAAAGCCGAGAGUGAUGAGGAAGCCAAGCCAAGAACUGGCCCCAAAAACAAGCUUCGGAGAAAAGCGGCCUCUAAAAUUUCAUACAAGGAAGAAAGUGAAAGCGGGUCGGGUAGCAGCGGUUCUGAAUACGCCUGCAGUGACAACGAGGACACGGAUUCCUCUGACUCACACGAGUCUAUCGUGUGGAAAGUUAUAAGUCCCUUAAAUCAGAACAAGGGGAACUCUGGAACAGUACCAUCAAAGAGUCCGGGACAGCCCAAAGCAAAAAGUUCCCCCAAAAAAGGACAAUGCCCAGCCGAUGAAAAGAGGCAAGGUCAUCUCAUCAGAUGAUGAAGAAGAAGAAGAGAUCCCACCACCAUCCUCCAGAGGCAUCGAUCAGUGGUUGGAAGUCUACCUGAGGAAGGAGGAGAAAUGGGUCUGUGUGGACCUCGUCCAUGGGACGAUCAACAAGCCAUCCACCUGCUUCAAGGCUGCCUCCAAGCCUGUCACCUACGUGGUGGGGAUCGAUAACUCAGGCCACAUUAAUGACGUAACGCGUAGAUACGAUCCAGAUUGGAUGACCAGUACCCGCAAACGCCGUGUUGAUCUGGAGUGGUGGGAGGAGACGCUGAGACCUUUUAGAAACCCUGACAUGAAACGCGAGGAUCGAGAAGAAGCAGAGUUUGAAGCUAAAUUACUGGAUCAACCACUGCCAACCUCAAUCACAGAAUAUAAGAAUCAUCCUCUGUAUGCUUUGAAGAGACAUCUACUGAAAUACGAGGCGAUCUACCCAGAAUCUGCCGCCAUCUUGGGCUACUGCAGAGGGGAAGCCGUCUAUUCCAGGUCGUGUGUUCAGACGCUGCACUCCAGAGACACUUGGCUGAAGGACGCCCGGGUGGUGCGGCUGGGAGAGGUGCCUUACAAGAUGGUGAAAGGACACUCCAACCGAGCGAGGAAAGCCCGUAUGGCAGAUCCAGAGAAGAGGGACAGCAAUGACCUUGCCCUGUUUGGCCCCUGGCAGACGGAGGAGUAUCAGCCACCUGUCGCUGUGGACGGGAAGGUUCCCCGCAACGAGUUUGGAAACGUUUACCUGUUCAAGCCGUGCAUGUUGCCGAUCGGCUGCGUCCAGCUGCAAGUGCCUAACCUGCACCGCGUGGCCAGGAAGCUGGACAUCGACUGCGUCCAGGCCAUCACCGGAUUCGACUUCCACGGUGGCUACUCGCACCCUGUGACGGACGGUUACAUAGCGUGCGAGGAGCACAAGGACAUCCUGCUGGUCGCCUGGGAGAACGAACAAGUUGAGAUCGAGCGCAAGCAGAAGGAGAAGCGGGAAAAGCGAGCUUUUGGGAACUGGAAGCUGCUGAUCAAAAAGGGACUUCUGAUCCGGGAGAGAUUAAAAGCACGCUAUGGCAAGAAGGAUGCAGAUCAUCCACACGCAGCAUCUGGGGAAGGAUUCUCAUCUGACGAGGAGGAAGAACCAGCAUCCGAGACCCCAGCUCAGGACACCGCCAUCUCUUGGCCUCAAAAACCGCCAGGCCGAGGAACUGCGGGAAGGGAAAGCGAAGAGGAAGACCAAGAGGGAGAAGAAGGGGGAGGAGAAGCAUUUGUUUCCAUUUGAGAAACUCUGA